AUGGAUUUCGACAAAGACUUUGAUGCUUUGUUUGAGCAAGUUAUAGAUGAGGAACUUGAAGAUAACACCGACGAAUAUUUAAUGAGAAUAGCACUUGAGAUGCAACAACAAUCUGACAACACUACUCGUCGAAGGAAAAAAAGAUUGAUGAUUGAUCGAUGUCGUGAAGAAGGGCACAAUCGAUUGUUCAAUGAUUACUUCUCUGAGAAUUCAAUUUACACAUAUGCUCAAUUUCGACGAAGAUUUCGAAUGCAAAGGCAUGUGUCCCUUAGAAUUGUAGAAGCCCUUGGUCAUUAUGAUGAUUAUUUCCAGAUGAGGGUUGAUGCAACUCGAAAGAAGGGUCUUUCACCAUUACAAAAAUGCACAACUGCAAUUCAUAUAUUAGCAUAUGGAUCAAGUGCUGAUAGUACAGAUGAUUACAUUCGAAUUGGUGAAAGCACUGCUGUGGAAUGCUUAGAGAGAUUUGUAUCCGGUGUGUGCAACAUAUUCAGAGCUGAAUACCUUAGGAGGCCUAACAAUGAAGAUGUUGAACGACUACUUCAAAUGGGGAAUGCACGUAGCUUUCCAGGAAAUUUUUGUCAAGGUGAUCACAGCAAACCCACAAUUAUGCUUGAAGCUGUAGCUUCACAAGACUUGUGGAUUUGGCAUGCUUUUUUUGGCACGAUAGGUUCAAAUAAUGACAUUAAUAUGUUGAAUGCUUCGAAUGUGUUUAAUGACGUUUUGUUAGGACAAGCUCCUGCUGUACAAUACAUAGUGAAUAGAACCCAAUAUAAUAUGGGUUAUUAUCUUGCUGAUGGUAUUUAUCCAGAGUGGGCUACAUUUCUGAAGACUAUCCCUAUGCCACAAGGAGAAAAGAUGAAAUUAUUUGUCAAACAACAAGAAUCGGCAAGAAAAGAUGUAGAGCGAGCAUUUGGAGUAUUGCAAUCUCGAUUUGCAAUUGUGCGUGGACCAACACGUGCUUGGCGUGUUGAUACAUUGAAGAAUAUCAUGCAUGCAUGUAUCAUACUACAUAACAUGAUAGUUGAAGAUGAGAGACACACAUACAAUAUUAAUUUUGAUUAUGAUAAUAGUAGUAACGAAGUCUUGACUUCCGAUGUAUCUAUUGGUCCUCAUCCUAUUUUUACUACAACAUACUUACAAAGGAGGGCACAUCUUCAUGAUAGACAGCAACACCGACAACUACAACACGACUUGGUAGAACAUAUUUGGGGACGUUUUGGACAUCAUAAUAACGAAAAUUAG